UCCCAGAUCCUUCAUAAAAUUAUAAUUAACUUUUAUUCUUCUUUCUAGUUUAUCCAGUGUUUUAGAAUGGUACUGCAAAUACCGCUAUGCUGAUAAAUUUGGGAAAUACUGAUAUGUACUCUUUAGGGGAAAUUAUUUUAAUAAGAUAUUAAUACUGUUAAUAACAAAUAUAUUUAAGGAGACUUUAAUAAAUGUUAAUGCUAUAUUCAGCUAUUAGAUAAAACUUUGUGGUGGCAGCAAUAAAAUGUUUUAAUUUUUGGUAAGCUAUGGAAAUUUGUAUAGACUUUUUUACAGUUACCAGUGAAAUGUAACUAAAGUUAAAUGGUGUCUAACUCGGUCCAUUAGGGUAUAUUUGUUGGUUGAGUAUUUAACUAGUCUGAUUUAUGAUCGUUGAAAGAGAGUAAUAAUUUAAUACAUAGUAGUCCGUGUUUUGUGUGUUUGUGUGUUUGUGCACUUGUGCAUGAACUGAUACAUUUUCAGAAAAUUAAAAAUACUAAAUUCCUGAAUGGCUAAUAAAGUACUUUAGUGAAUGUUACCGUUUAUUAUUGAGUUUCUGAAUAUAAUUGAUAAAACACUGAUCCUAGUUUCUGAUUUGCUCUUGAUACCCACUACAAUUAUUUCCUUGCUGAUAGGUUCAGAUAAUAACAUUUUAAAUGUUACUCUAAGACGGACAUAAUUAGGAAGAUGUGUGCUAAAAUUCACAUGACAUAUCCAAAGGCUCCUUCAAAGUUUGCCAGUUCUGUGGGCUUACCACCCCCACCAUCAGCUCCACCACCUCUGUUUCUGUUUCUGCUGGAUCUGCCGCUCUGCUUCAUCAUCAUCAUCGUUAUCAAAGAUGCCAAGUGAAGGCAGUUUCCUAGAGAUGCUUUUGGAACCUGAACAUGGCAAGUUGAAGUGCUAGGUGAAGAAGGUCACCCAACUAGAAACAGAAACGUGGCAGAGCUGGGAUUAAGACUCUGGUCCUGCAUGCCAGUCUAUAAAUGGCAUUCAUAGGAAUUGCAAGACCCCGAAAUGACCAUUAAGAAGUAGAUCCCCAGAUGCAAAAGUGAUGAAACAGUCAAUUUGUCCUAAAGUAAGAUGCAGCUGUGGCUUUUCCACCAGAUUAGAACAAAAUUGUAUCUAUUUUUCUCAGAAGAGAAUUCCACAAGAGAAAACAGAAAUGAGAGGAAUCUGGUUUAAAUUGCAGUACAAGGAAUUUAGAUUAGACAUAAAGAGUUUCCAGAAAAUAAAGUACCAGAUAUUGAAGUGAUUUGUUAAGUCAGCAAACAAAUAAAACAUGGUAUUUUGAAGUAUGAUUAAACUCCUGAUGCUGCAGCAGAGGCUAAGAAUAUUAAUGGCCAGAUCUAGCGCUCACAUGGUCUUCUGAAGAAGCCAUGGGUAGCUGUUGUAGCUGUCCAGAUAAAGACACUGUCCCAGAUAACCAUCGGAACAAGUUUAAGGUCAUUAAUGUGGAUGAUGAUGGGAAUGAGCUAGGUUCUGGCAUAAUGGAGCUUACAGACACAGAACUGAUUUUAUACACUCGCAAGCGAGACUCGGUGAAAUGGCACUACCUCUGCCUGCGACGCUAUGGCUAUGAUUCGAAUCUCUUUUCUUUUGAAAGUGGUCGAAGGUGUCAAACUGGACAAGGAAUCUUUGCCUUUAAGUGUGCCCGUGCAGAAGAAUUAUUUAACAUGUUGCAAGAGAUUAUGCAAAAUAAUAGUAUAAAUGUGGUGGAAGAGCCGGUCGUAGAGAGGAGUAAUCAUCAGACAGAACUGGAGGCCCCCAGGACACCUCGAACACCUACAACUCCAGGGUUUGCUGCUCAGAACCUACCUAAUGGAUAUCCCCGAUAUCCCUCCUUUGGAGAUGCUUCGUCCCAUCCUUCCAGCAGACAUCCUUCCGUGGGAAGUGCACGCUUGCCUUCAGUAGGUGAAGAAUCUACACAUCCUUUGCUUGUGGCUGAGGAACAAGUGCAUACCUAUGUCAACACCACAGGUGUGCAGGAAGAGCGGAAAAACCGCACAAGCGUGCAUGUCCCAUUGGAGGCAAGGAUUUCUAAUGCUGAAAGCAAUACACCAAAAGAAGAACCAAGUAGUAUUGAGGACAGGGACCCUCAGAUUCUCCUUGAACCCGAAGGAGUCAAAUUUGUCUUAGGACCAACCCCUGUUCAAAAGCAGUUAAUGGAGAAAGAGAAACUGGGGCACCUCGGCAGAGACGUAGUCAGUGGAGGAGGCGCCAGUAGCACGGACUGGGACACUGGAUACGACAGUGACGAGCGAAGAGACGCACCUGCGGUCAGCAAGCUGGUGUACGAAAAUAUAAACGGGCUAUCCAUCCCUAGUGCCUCAGGGGUCAGGAGGGGUCGUCUGACAUCCGCCAGUACCUCAGAUACCCAGAAUAUCAACAACUCGGCUCAGAGAAGAACUGCGUUGUUAAACUAUGAAAAUCUGCCAUCUUUGCCUCCUGUUUGGGAAGCCCGCAAGCUAAGUAGGGAUGAAGACGAUAAUUUAGGACCAAAGACCCCAUCUCUAAAUGGCUACCAUAGUAACCUAGAUCCGAUGCAUAAUUAUGUAAAUACAGAGAAUGUAACAGUGCCGGCAAGUGCUCACAAGAUAGAGUAUUCACGGCGUCGGGACUGUACACCAACAGUCUUUAACUUUGAUAUUAGACGCCCAAGUUUAGAACAUAGGCAGCUGAACUACAUACAGGUUGAUUUGGAAGGCGGCAGUGACUCUGACAACCCUCAGACUCCAAAGACACCCACCACUCCCCUUCCGCAAACCCCUACCAGGCGCACAGAGCUGUACGCGGUGAUUGACAUUGAGAGAACUGCUGCCAUGUCGAAUUUGCAGAAAGCACUGCCCCGAGAUGAUGGUACAUCUAGGAAAACUAGACACAAUAGUACUGAUCUGCCCAUGUGAGCCUGGAAAGCAUUACAUUGUUUGCACCUUUGUGAAGUUUUUAAAAAUGAAGAUGCAAGUGCUUCAUUUUCAUUUCUAAACACUAACUCCUUUUAUAAACCUGAUAAAAUUUUUUUCUGAAUCUUUCAUGUGCUUCUUUAAAGGGAAUUAAUGUAGAGCAGGUACUCAUUAAAGAACACUAAUUGCAUUAUCUACUACUCAUUGUACAGCAGCAUUCCCAUUUUCACAGUGCCUAUUUAAAAUGAGAGUUGAAGUGAGUGACAUGCUGGUUGAUUUUUAUCAAUAUUAUGGACUUACGCAUAUCAUUCAUGUCGAAGUCAUGGUUGGCAUUUAAAACAUUUUGUAAAGCCUCUUGAUAAUGUGCAUUGCUAACAGAUAACUCUAGGCUUUGAAAGUAAUAUUUGUAGAUUCACUCUUUAUGGUAUGUGGCCUCCAGAUGUAAAACGAGGAAUCCUUUAUUUCAUUAAUUGUAGGCUUUUUGACUUGAGCCAAAACAGGUGGAAAGGAAGUAGAAGUACCACACCUCCUUGGAUACCAGUUAGUUCCUUUGCCUUCAGCGUUACUAGAAAGAGUCCUGUGUCUGUGAAUGUGGUUUGCUGUUGGUGUGUUGAAAGGCAGGAAGGAGACAAGAUUUUCUGUUUACUCAUCUCUUGAUGUCAUUUGAAGGACAUGCCCAGAUAUCUUAAUCAGAAUUACAACAGGCUCUAGAAUCAGUCUCAGGUCACUUUAUCCGAAAGCAUUUGAAAUCUGAACCACAAUCUCUUGCAAGUUCCUCUCUUGUAGAUUAACAGAAACAUUGUUUUCCAGAGGCAUUUUUGCCACUAGGUUGCCAUUUACCUUCUGUUUUUUCCUUUGGUGUUGGGAUGUCUUAUUUUGUUGCUUAAUGUCUUUUUCAAUUUGAAAUAUUUGCGUUUGUAUUUAGUUUUGAAAUUGGAUUGUGUGUUCGUGGUUGUUGAGUUUGCAUUUUUGUCCAGUUGUGGUUUUGAAGGUUCACUUGGAACUUGCUGUGAUCUACAACAGGGUUGCCCUUGUCCAGUAUUUAUUUAUAUGCUAUUUACUUUUCAAGUUGAUAAAACCAUUCUCUCAAUUCUGAAUUUCACUGUGUCCAUAGGUGAUCUCUUUGGCAGCUGAGGAAAAAAAAGGAAGCUGCUUGUAACAGCAGAGUCCCUGAAGGUACUGUGUUUCCUUGGUGGGCGCCUUACCCACACCUUAAGAGUGCGUCCCUUAGCCCCACACUGCAGCUGUGUCGUGCCCACCGCAGUGCUCCUGGCUCUGUGUCCUUGCACUCACAGCUGGAGAUUUGAUAAUCCCUUGAUUUCAGGAGGAUGUUAAGAUAGCUGCCAGCAUAGCAGGUACAGUGGACGUCUUGUAGCAAUGGGAUUGUGUCAUAAUUUAAGAUUUAAAAAAUGAACUGAAGUUUAUAUAAACUGAUGUGAGUCCGUAUGUCUAACUCUUAGAAAAUCAAAGUGUUCCAGUUUCCCAAACACUAGAGAAGACAAGAGAAAGUAGAGUGGAAAGAAGGUUACAUAACCUUGCAAAAUAUUUUACUGUUUUCUCUAAAUAUGAGGAAGUUUAAGAGUAGGAUCUGGAUCUACAGGUGUAACUAAGGUUAAUUUCGCACGAAAAGGUUUCAGUCAUGCAGCAUCCAGCCUGUUCAGUAAAGAACCUAAUUAUAGGACAUUGAAUGGAUUAGCAGAAUAAUAGAAUGGGACCAUUAUAAAGAAGGUAAAUUAUUAAAGGUGUCUUCAUCCUUUUCAGUGCUGUUCAUUUAUGUGCGUAGCAGAAUCUUUUCUUUCUAUGAACUUGGUGCUUACUAAAGUGUUCACUCUUCUGUAAAAAGAGAGCAGUGGUAUAGGUGAGCCAUUUCCACUUUUAAUGUUCCGUUUAUGCUUUCUUCGGAGCAGAUUGCUAAUCGUGCCAAAUUUAUGUGACGAUUUUUGUAAUGUGGAAUAAGAGUUAUGAUGGAACCAGUACACAUGGUUUUCUCCAAAACAAGCAGUCAAGACAGAAAAUUAACCUCCAAAUGAAAGGGCUGACCUAUGUAUUCAUUUUGGAGGUUGGAUACUUUAUUUUCUUUCUUUUCCGCAUCCUUUUCAUUUUUCCCUCCAGAUUCUAGUUGGUUUUUAUAUUUUUUAGGUAACUCCAAUAUAAUCACUACAGUUUAUGCUUUAAAUACUGUGCGCUUUAAAAAUGAAAAUGGGACCAAUUUGUCUGCUAAGAAUUUGAUUUUAGGUACUAUGAGUAUUAGGAAUAUGUAUACAACUGGUGUUAAUUUCUAGAGGUCUCUGGAAAUCACCUGUGUUCCUAUUUAUUAAAAAGCAAUGUGGAACACUACUUGUCCUUUGCAGUAGUCUAGUAAUGGGCAUUAAGCUCUGUCUUGAAAGAAGGUACCUAUUACUAGGUGCAUUUUAGAAUGAGAUAUUUUAUUGGGAUAUAAUUGUGGCCGUAUGUUUCAGAUUUUCUGAGACAGACCUAAUUUUAGAUAUUCUGUUCUGUUGAUAGACGGUGUGAUCCCACUUUUUGGUUUUGGAAACAUAGUCAUUGUUCAUAUGUCUUUCCCCAGACAGAACCCUCUUUUAUUCAGAUAGAUCAUAACAGCUUUUAUUCCAGACCAGGGUUGGAAACUCACAUGGGUAUUACCUGUGUUUUUUCUUAGUGUGUGUUAUUUCCCAGUUUCAUCUUCCUUUAAAAAUGACAAUAUGGUGCCUUCCCUCUCUCCAGGAAGAUUGGCAAAUAGUUCCUUUUAUUUACUGCUGCUGCGAAGUGAUGAGAUAUGCACUUUACUCGUGAAGACUCAGCAGAAAGCUUUUCACUUCCCAGUAUGUCCAGAAGAGAUCGUGUUUGGGACUUAGGAAGAACUUGCCAAGCAAUCUUUGUUUCUGUAGAUGUUAGUGUUAACCCCACAGUUCAGUGUUAUAAGUCAGGCUAGUGUUUGUUUAUUCCUCCCCCCCAAAUCUGUGGCACAACAUAUAAAAAUGUACCUCAGUAAUGUUCUAUUAAAAAUGGGACAGGGGCCUUAUGUUUUCAUAAUUUCCCAAUAAUGUGCCACAUAUUUUUGCCUCAAGGUAACAACCUAAAAAGUACUUCCCACUCCCCCUCCCCCCGCCGCUGUUCCUAACUUUUAAUGCCCAAGUGUUUUGUGCAAUGUGUAGUCAAUACAUAUGUGUGUGUGUAUACAUAUACGUAUGUAUAAACACGUCCUUGAAACAGACAUACUGUCAGAGACGACAUUCAGAAGUACCUGAUGUACUGGCAUCUCAUUCAUAUUUCUGAUGUGUGAGCUGUAUGGUACCAAUUACCUUUUCCCUGAUGUUUGCCAAAUUUGAAUAAAGGCAUUGGUACGAAAUUACAGUAUGUAUAGAAGAUGUUUUUGGCUUGAAAAACUAACAAAUAUUUUAUGACAUACCACAAUAUACUCUGCCCAGACCAGCACCCUGUCUAUCUUUCCUGUUCUUUACAUCCCUUUCCCCAUCCCUAUUCCCUCAUAUUUUGGGGGUAUAACACAAUUCUUUUGUAGCAUCAUUACAAUUGCAAUUCUAUGACAAUUGGACAAUAAUAGCAUGGAAAUGGACUGGUAUUAAUAGUACAGUAGUCACCGGUGUGCCACAUUUGCAUUAGUAAAUGCAAAAUAUGCAUUCUAUAAAGGACAAAUUUUGUGUUAUGUUUUUAUUUUCAUUACAUUGUAUAAUAUUGUAAGAUUAUUGUUAUGUCCUAAUUUGCAUUAUAAAUGUUUUUUUCCUACAUAAAGGCAUAAAUAUAGCAACUUUGUAUAAAGGUAGCUUAUUAGAUUUUUAAUUUUUCUUUUAUAAAAAAUUGUCUUAACAGUGGGACUACCAUUGCCAAAUUGUAUAUGAAAUAUGAAUUUUACCCCCGUGGUUAAUUUCUUUUAUAAACAUUCCAUAUUUCUCUAAUAAAAGACAUAAGUGAUGCUGUACUAUACACAGAUUGUAUUUUAAUGCCGUUUCAUAUCAGCAUUUUUAAUUUGGGUUUGCAUUUUUAAUAUUGGCAAAAUUUACCACUGUUGACUAAAACCUUGUUGUGUAUGUAACAUCUGUUGUCCUCUAUCCCUCUGCCCUCCACCCUUUGUUCUCUGUUUCUCCCCAUUGGUGCCAACUUCAUACGUUUUGUAGCAUGGCAAUAAAAGAACUGUUAACACCGAGGCCGAGCGUGGCUUUUUGGAGGAGGUGGAGAUGGGAGGGUCACCUUCCCAUCGUCCUGUGCAUUUGACGUUUUGCUAUAUAAACUCUGUCUCCAGGCAUGAGAAUUAUCUCAGAUGAUGUCAACAUGCUUUUAAGGACAAGUGUGAAUGUGCUUUUCAGCUUAAUUUUUGUCAUAACAAAUAACUAAUUUUUUAUCUUUGGAGAAGUCAGAGUUCUUGAAGUACAAUCAAACCUUUAUUAACUGGAGUACUUAAAGAAUAAGCUAAUAAUUGAAUUUAGUUCAACAAGGGCUAAGCAACACAUUUAAAAAAUCUUUAUUUAUUGUAGAGUAUUGGUAUACAGUCCUAAAAGUUAUAUGUAAAAUAUGGUUUAAUCUUAGAUGAUUUAGGAUCUUGCAAUGCCUUACUGUUGUCAUUCUGGCAUAAAUUUCCAUGAUGAGGUACUCGAGUUGAUAUUGGAACCUGAGCUGACUAUACACUGACCUUAAGGAUUCGUGAAAAACUGCUUUGUUGAAUAAAAUCUGAUCGGAGUUCUUAUGGUUACUUUCCCCUUAUUCCUGAAAGUAGAUUGCAAUAAAACCCCAAUAAAAGUUUGGUUGGAUACCUA